GGCGGCCGAGUUUAUUGUUAAGUCCUACAUGGAAAUAUGAGGGAGUGGAGCAGCAAGUGUUUGUGUCUAAUGCUGAGCCAAUCUACUGCCCUGAAGACAUUAUGAACAAAAUCAUAUGACUAAAGUAGCCCACAGAAGUAUUUCACAAUUGCGUGGUUGUAUUACAUCAUGUGUUAAGUGUUCCUUAUUUGUCUAUUUCAUUUUUUAUACUGGUAAAAAAUGAAUUAGUUGGAAUCUCUCUGUAAAUUUCUGUAUUAAUGUUACAUCCUGAGGGGCAGUAAACAGCCACCACUGUCUGAGUGCUGCUGUUGUCAAAGUAGUGUGUGUGUGUGUGUGUGUGUGUGUGUGUGUGUGUGUGUGUGUGUGUGUGUGUGUGUGUGUGUGUGUGUGUGUGUGUGUGUGUGUGUGUGUCAUGGAUGUAUUAAGUGUCGUUACCAUGGUAACGUUAAUGUAAACAAAGGAAGUCCAGUGCGUCAAAUUGCAGCUCGCUAACCCAUCUAGCUAGCUAGCUAAUUAAUUAGCUAGGGUUUAGCAUGAUUUCGUGGAUUGACUUGUUAUAGCCUAUAUAACAGUAAAACACUAUUUGUUUCUCGAUUUCAUCAGGCUCAGAGCAGCAUGUCUUAUGCACAGUCUCCCAAAAAGACGGGACUACCAAGAGAAGUCGUGAAAUGGCUGCUAAGCCUCGACUUGUCAUUUUAUCCGAAGAAUGUUCGCAGAGAACUUUCCAAUGGUUAUCUUGUGGCAGAGAUAUUGUCUCGUUAUUACCCCCAAGACUUUCCAGUGCAUUCAUAUGACAAAGGAAUAUCACUUUCUGCCAAACAGAGGAACUGGAGCCAGAUAGAGAGGUCUUUACAGAAGCAGAAUUUGUACUUGAUGAAAGAGGUCAUUGAUGGAUCCAUCCACUGUAAACCAAGAGCAGCUGAACUGUUGGUGCAGGAGGUUUAUACUAUUUUAACUAACAGGAGCAUCAGAGAUGUUCAGGGCCCAGAGUCAGACUUCACUGACCAGGAGUACCAGGAGCUUCUACCCACACUGGCCCGCUCCACGGCCUCCAAGGCCAUCAAGAACAACCUGAGGAUAACGGAGAUCAUGGCUGAGCCCAAUAUCAGCACAAACCAGAGGAAGGCAGAAGUCAUCCUAAGAAGGCACUUGGAGCACAAGGCCGCAGAGAGGGUCUCUAACCCUGGACGUUUUAAAGUGAAGCCUAAGCUGGGACGGCCGGGAGCCAAAAAUCUUGUGACAUCCAGCCGCGGCGAUGACACUACAUCAAAGUUCUGCUCCUCGUCAACAUGGAGCGGUGCUGCUGUUUCCUUUAAGGAAAUAAAGGUGCACCAGCCUGCCAGGCGCUCCCUGGUUCACUAUUAAAGGAACUGGAUCGAGAUCUGUGCUAUAAUUGUAUUGUGUUUUCCCUAGGUUUGUGGAAGGAUUAGGUGCACGUAUUUGGUGUGGGGGGGUCUUAAACAAUGAAAAAAGCUAGAGGAGAUAAUAAAUACAAAAAAAAAAAAAUCUACAAUCAUUAGAGCUGAGAAAAAACAUUAAGUUAGUUUUGAUGCUCACAUCUACUUACAUUAAUUCGGCAUAGGUGGUGCCCAAAAUGGUUUGGGUGCUGCACCAAAGUCUUAUAAUGGUAGGGAAAACACUGGUUGUGUGUGUGUGUGUGUGUGUGUGUGUGUGUGUGUGUGUGUGUGUGUGUGUGUGUGUGUGUGUGUGUGUGUGUGUGUGUGUGUGUGUGUGUGUGUGUGUGUGUGUGUCACUUGAUGUAUUGAUAUGUUUUUCACAAUUAGGCCAUUCAAAGCAUAGCCUAUUUUAACUACUAUGCCUCACAAGUAUUUAUUGGAGUAUACUUUGUUUUGGAAGACAGAGGAUGUCACUGUUUGUUAUGGCUUAUGUAAUGUUCUAGUGCCUCUUUCAUAAUUCUUAGGUCUGUUUGGACCAGUAGGUGGCAGCAACAAGUCACGAGCAGAGCUCUUUCAGACUCAAACCCACUGCUAUAGGUGUACCAUUGACAAAAAGAAGAAAUAAAUGCAGCAGAAACCGAACGGCCUUGCUGUUAAUAUGUUUGUGUUGUUCACUGUGCUAUUCCAGAGUUCCUCCGCCCUUUGCUGAACGUGCAUCUUCCCUUCUUUACCAUCACUGUGGCAACAGACAUUUUUCUCAAUCUGCAUUCUAAGAAAUUGUGAUCAGCCACCUGCCAAAUGCUGGUCAAAUUGUGAUUCAGAUUAUUACAUUCACUGUGGUAGGCACCACUUUAGGUAACCUAUAACUGAUAAUGAUUCCUGAAUUGGCUUGCUAGAGUUGGGGAGUAAUGAGUACCAGUGACAUGUAGACAUGAAAGCUUGUUUCUCAUUUAAUCAUUAUGUUAUUAGUCAUCAUGUUCCAACUUGUAUAGCCCUUGGUUGAAUAUAUUUCAGCACUUGUAUGGACUGGUGUCUACAUUUAAGGUAUAUUUAAUGAUGCUGUUGACUAAAGGCUACAUAUGUUUUUCUAUGGAUAUGUCAAUAAAACUUUCAUCCAUGAUAACACAUUAAAUGUGCUGACACAUUUUGUGCCAUCUAGAGCUGCAGAAGAAGCUAAUUGUGGGUAAAAAUGCCAUAUCUAUAAUAAUGAUUGUAUUAAAAACUUGUCAAAAAGGAGAUGAUGGGAAGAUGUAUUAAAUUACUCAUGGUUUGCAUACUGGAA